GUAGCUCGGCGUCCUCCUUCCCCCUGUUCCCGUCCUCCCUGGCUUCUCUGUUCGAGGCUUGGAACAGCUCGCCGCCGUGUCUUCGGUCGCCGUCGUCUCGCCGGUCGCCGUCCGUGUCUCCGUCGAAGUUCAAGUGGCAUCUUCGCAAGAAAGCAGCACGAGUUAUCUACUUGCACUUUGCCCUGCAGAAACAUGCCCUAAUUGAACAACUUCAUGACAAACAAGAGCAGUCCUCAUCUAAAUUUCAUGAGACCCUGGUCCCUGACACAGUGAGAAAGCCUGCAAUUUGGAGCAGCAGAACAAUGGCAUUCACACGAUCUUCCAAAACAUUCUUCUUCUCCUUCAACCUUCUUCAAAGGCGAACCUGUUCUUCCAGCACACCACAACCCCAACCCCAACUCUUCAAUGCCGAAACCAUCUGCAGAAUCCUAUCCGCCAAUCCAACUUCCACCGUCGACGCCUCCCUCGCCAACAUUCCCGUGCAAAUGUCGCCAGAGCUCGCGGUUGAUGUCCUGAAGAAGCUCAGCAACGCCGGUGUACUUGCCCUCUCGUUCUUUCGUUGGGUGGAGAAGCAACAAGGGUUCAAGCACACCACUGAGAGCUUCCACGAGUUGAUCGAGUCACUUGGUAAGAUCAGACAGUUCAAGAUGAUUUGGACUUUGCUGUCUGAAAUGAACCGCAAAAAAUUGCUGACCAGAGAAACAUUUUCGCUCGUUUCUCGAAGGUACGCGAGGGCAAGGAAGGUCAAGGAAGCAGUGGAGGCAUUCGAGAAGAUGGAACAGUAUGGGAUGAAGCCACAGGUCUCGGAUUUUAACCGUUUGAUCGAUGUUCUAUGCAAGUCCAAGAGUGUUGAGAAAGCACAUGAGGUGUUUGAUAAAAUGCGGCAGAGAAAAAUUGUGCCUGAUUUGAAGACAUACACUAUUUUGUUGGAAGGUUGGGGUACCCAAGGGAACUUGUUGAGGGUGGAUGAGAUUCGUAGAGAGAUGGAGAGUGAAGGUUUUGAGCCUGAUGUAGUCACAUAUGGCAUUGUCAUGAACGCAUAUUGCAAGGCAAAGAAGUAUGAUAGUGCUGUUGGGUUCUACCAUGAGAUGGUGGAGAAGGGUGUUAGGCCUAGUCCACACAUAUAUUGCACUUUGAUUAAUGGGUUAGGUUCUGAUAAGAGAUUAAAUGAAGCUCUUCAGUUCUUUGAGAUGUCCAAGGCCAGUGGUUUCCUCCCGGAGGGGCCGACUUACAACGCUGUUGUCGGGGCUUAUUGCUGGUCGACAAAGAUGGAGGAUGCCUAUCGGGUGGUUGGGGAGAUGAAAGAAUUGAAGAUUGGUCCAACUUCGAGAACAUAUGACAUAAUACUGCAUCACCUGAUAAAGGCUCAGAGAAACCAAGAAGCUUAUUCGAUUUUCCGGCGAAUGAGUAGCGAGUUUGGGUGUGAGCCGAGUGUGAGCACAUAUGAGAUCAUGGUGAGGAUGUUCUGCAAUGAAGGGAGAUUGGAGAUGGCAAUGGAAGUUUGGGAUCAGAUGAAAUCCAAGGGAAUCCUUCCUGGAAUGCAUAUGUUCUCGAGUUUGAUCGGUUCCUUGUGCAAUGAAAGCAAGGUGGAUGAAGCUUGUAGGUACUUUCAGGAAAUGCUGGAUAUGGGGAUUCGCCCUCCUGCACAAUUGUUUAGUUCCUUCAAGCAAGCUCUAAUUUACGAAGGGAUGGAAAAUACUGCCAUACAUUUUGCAUUGAAACUUGAUAAACUGAGAAAAACUCCAUUAAUUGCUUGAUGACACAAAAGGCUAAUAUAUUCUAAAGUUUAAUAUUACAUUAUUAUCUCAUUGUAUUGCU